AUGAUUUCCAAGUCAUCUUGUAGUAGUUCACUCUCGGAUGCUGCGAUCGACAAGGCAGCCAAGGCAAUUCUUUCUGCUUCUCAUCUGUAUUUCACAGCUGGUGCUGGAAUGGGAGUCGAUUCGGGUUUACCUGAUUUUAGAGGAAAGAAUGGAUUUUGGAAAGCCUAUCCUCCAAUGCAAAAAUUAGGACUUGAAUUUCAUCAAAUGAGUAAUCCGACUUGGUUUGAUAAGGAUCCUACACUAGCUCAUGGAUUUUUCGGUCAUAGAUAUGAUUUGUAUACUACCAAGAAGCCACACGAAGGAUAUUACAUUCUCAAAGAAUUUUCUCAAUUACCGCACAUUCAAGAUUACUAUGUGUUCACAUCCAAUGUCGAUGGUCACUUUCCACAAGUGUUUCCUUCCAACAAGAUUGUAGAAUGUCACGGAUCAAUUUUACACAUGCAAUGUACGAAACCAUGUGAUGAAAAAAUUUACACCGUUGAGGAACAUAACAAAACUUGUCCUCCUGAACAACAAUACCCUCUUCAUGUGGAUCCUGAAACAUUUAAGGUCGAUACAAAAUGUUUGCCACGAUGUCAAGACUGUGGAGCUCUUGCAAGACCCAAUAUUUUAAUGUUCGGAGAUUCGCAUUGGAUUUCUUCUCGAUGUGACGAACAAGAGGAAGGAUUAACAAAAUUUGUGAAAGCCAUGUACAAGUUUGGAUCUCAUCUUGUAGUGAUUGAAAUUGGAGCUGGAAAAGGCGUACCUACUGUUCGUAUGGAAUCUGAAUCAAAAGUGUCAAGAUUUCAUGCAUCUUCGAAAAAUGCAAAAGGAACAUUGAUUAGGAUUAAUCCUACAGAUUCUGAUUUCCCAUCUCACUUCUCAGAAGAAUGUGGAAUUUCUAUUGCAUUGGGAGGAUUAGAAGCACUUCAAAAGAUUAAAGCAAGAAUGGCAGAAAUUCAGAAUUCCUCUUCACAAUGA